AUGACAAACAUCGAGUCAGGCGCCUUCACGGAUGGUACUGAUCGUUUGCGCUCUCCAAAGUAUGUGCAUUUCGUCUUUCCACCAUCGGCCUGGGGUAUGGGGCCUAUGUCUGGGGAGACGACGGGGCAGUCAAACGGCCACGUCGCGACACCUUUUCCAUACGCAAGGCACAGUACGACUGAUGAGCCGUCGGCGUUUGCAUCGGAAAACGAGUUUGUGUCGGCCGAUGUUCAGAUGAAGCUCCUAAGCAUGGCGAUUGGGUGA